GCGCGAACGGUCGUACCUCGAGCGACGUUUCAAUUUUUCAAGGAUAAUUCCUUCUUCCCGUGACGAGCAACAGUGCUUGGAAAAACAAAAAGAGAUCAAAUUGAACAAUAAUCGCGCAAAUAGCGGCGUAGAAAACAACAUGGAAUUGUCGAUUGAUAGGGAAAUCGAUAAAUAAUUCGAGUCUUAUCGAACUAUCAAAUUUCCACCGAUACCGAUCUGACGAACGAGUGAAAAAAAGUUAUAACAAGUACCUCCGAGAGCCACGUGUUUCAAGGAUAUUUAUAGAGUGCUAGAUUAACGUGCAUUCCCGAGGAAUAUCAAUGACUGUGAAAAAAGUUUGAAAAGUCAACAUUCAUAGAUUCAGUGCGCACAAGAUAAAAGAUGUUCGUUAAUUAAUUCUUCAAUAACGUGCUCUUUCUGCGAUCCAAUAGUGCGCUGCGUCCAGAGUUUUUCAUAUGCCGUGUACGACUCUCUUCGUGUAAAACUAUGUUGGGUCAUUAUUGUUAUUGACACUGCUAUCGUGAUGUUGACUCGCCGGAUCCCUGCUCACGACUACGUCCCGAUGAAAAGAUGAGAGUGCCUGCUUUUCGUGAUCAGUGAAACGAUAGCGGAAGGUGGGAGGAGAGAGAAAGGGAGAGAGAGUAAAAAAAGGAAAUACGAGGAAAAGGAGAAACGAGGAUAUAUAUAGCCUCGAGUCCAGAAGAGUUAUCAAGAUGGGGCGAUUAACGCGUUUGACGUUAUUGGCAACGCUGCUGGCCGUAUUACUGAGCCACGUGUCUCUCUCAGACGCUUGUUCCUGUACACUUCAGCAUCCACAGACCCAAUUUUGUCAAGCGGAUUUCGUUGCUGUCGUGAGGGUGAAACAACGAUUAAAGGUUAAUGAUCAUGAAGUUGCCUACAAAGUCAAAGUUCAUCGCGUUUUUAAGGCGAUACCAAAAGCACGAAUUGCCCUGGAACGGAAACCUCUUUGGCUCUGGUCACCCGCAACCGACAACAUGUGCGCUGUGCCCUUCCUCAACCCGGGUAAAACGUGGGUCGUCGGUGGACGUAUGAUCGGUGGAAAGCCAAGUCUAUCACUUUGCAACAUCUGGAAGCUUUGGUCAGAGGUCACACCCCGUCAGCGCAAGGGUUUUCGUAAAUUAUACCAUGACGGUUGCUCUUGUCAGAUAUCGUAUACGGAGUGGUGGAAGAAAGGGGUCGUAUUCGAGUCGACAGGUGGUAAGCAAUGUCUAUGGGAAAGCACUCCAGGUCCGCAAGACUGCCAAGAAAGUCACGGUAUUUGCAUGCGUGGUCGCUCAGGAUGUUCUUGGGCACCGUCGCCCGCGUACAAAAAAUGCAUAAUGCAGCAUCAACGUCAUCGGGAACAGCAUCGAACACGGGAGAUUUGAGUCAUCGAGCCACAAAAUGCCACUUAGAAAAGUGCACAUGCCCGUAGGUUUGUGCAUAUUGGAGAUAAAAUUGGUACCAAGGCCCAACUGCAUACCGACGAUAGUGCAUUUCGUAUGUUGGAUCCACGAUUUGCUUCGAAGCAUCCUUAAUUGGAUCGAUUGUUAUUUCACAUGGUUGAUCAUUUGUCGAAAGAUUCAUCAUUCUUUUACUAACUUUUUCGACUCCUUCUGAAUCGAUGUUCAAUCGAACGACCUCCGAUUCAGCGUAUCGAAUGUCCCUUGGCAAACCCUCGAUUACUCGAGUCAGGAUAUUCUACUUUUUUGGUGUUUUUGCAUUUUUCAUAGAGGCUCGUAUUCACUGACACGACGAAUUGUUCCCCGAAAUGGGAACGAUUCGUCAAUCGCAACAAUGUAAAUAGUUAUUAUUCUCAUGUAUAUUGCGCAUAUUUAAAUUAUUCUUCUUGUCUAACUCGUAACUGUUGAAACUCAUGAAAAGUAAGAAAAAAACGCAAAACGUAUAUAAAUACGGUAUAAGAUAUACGGCUAAUUUAUGUUAUUUAACUUUGGUGUAUUCAUUGAAAUGACUCGGACGAAUACGUAACGUCGUUUCAACCCAGUAUUAGACUCGCGAAUUUCAGUUCAACGCGUUAAAUCGUUUAUAAUUAAUUGUUGUUAUUAUUAUUUGUACAUUCGUGCUUAGAGAAUCUGCGUGAUCUGGUCGUUGAGAGGGAUCCCUCUGCGUAUGCUUUUUUUUUUUUUUAUCGUCCCUGUCACACGGACGUGUCCGAAUGCAUUUCAAACUCUGAUCAUAUAAUUGUUUGAUCGAUCGAAAAAAAACUUAUCUGGAGAAAUGAAACGAUUGAUACGAUCGUUAAUCAAGGUGGUCGCAGUCUCGUUAAUGGCAAUAUUAAAGUACAAAAUACAAAUAUAUUUUGCGAUUUUUGAAACCCCCCGAUCUUCCAUUUCGGGCACACUUCGCGUCGUGUGUAUAAACGAUCGUUCUUUUCUCGUUCUCUACUACUUCCUUAUUAUAUCUUCCUCCGUAUCAGCUUCGAUGAGUUGAUUUUUCGACAACCCUCUCCAGAGCACAAGUUUACAUUGGAAGCAACGAACCGUAGUAAGAGAGAGAGGGAAAUUGCGACGAUUACACACGCAUAUAUCUGCAGGAAUACACACGGAUAUAGGCAUCUCUGUAAGCGUUUAUAAGCAGAUAUACGUGUCUGUAUUUCGGAUAUUCGAUAUCCGGCUGCUAUCACGAUUGUUCUCGAAUAGCCACGCAGACCGGAAAACGUGAUACGCUCGUCUCAAAUGGAUUGUUCUCACUCAGCGGUAAUACCGGAGAGACUCGAAGAUCUCGGAUGAGAAUGAAAAAAAUAUAGAUAUAAUUCUCUAUGCCGUAUACGUGUUCGCGUAGACGCUUAUCACUUUCAAUGGAGCUGAAUUAUUUAUGUUGUAAUAGUAUAUAUCUCGAUGUCACGGCUGGCGAAUAUCGCAAUGAGAAUUGAAAACAAAGUAAACGAAUAAAAAAGAUAAACGAUACGAAGCUCGCUCUUGGAUUGUA